AUGGCUGAAGAUCCAGAGCACUACGCGCAGGAGAAUAUAGGCAAGGUAGCAGAAUUGGCCCGUGCCUGCACUCCCACAGGCAGGAGCGCUUCAAAGCAGCAGCGGCACGCGAUACGGUUAUUUCGCCAGAAGGAGACACAAGGGGGAGUCUGGGACACGCGAGCAGUCGGGGGUGCUGGCCGCGUGGGAUGGCCGCUGGGACGGGGGGUGUGUGGCGAAGCCGCGCACGGCAAGAGGAGCCCCUUUUCUAGACGUUUCUCUUGCUUUGCGAUAAAAGGCACGGAUGGUGGCCUCACCCAGGAACACGAGCGCUCUGACUUGAAGAUGGUAACUGAGCUGAAUGAGCCUCUCUCAAAUGAGGAUAGGAACCUGCUGUCGGUAGCCUACAAGAAUGUAGUUGGAGCUAGACGAUCUUCCUGGCGUGUCAUCAGCAGCAUAGAGCAGAAGACUAUGGCAGAUGGGAAUGAGAAGAAGCUGGAGAAGGUGAAAGCCUAUAGGGAGAAGAUAGAAAAGGAGCUUGAGACAGUCUGCAAUGAUGUUUUGGCUCUCCUAGAUAAAUACUUGAUCAAGAACUGCAAUGACUUCCAGUAUGAGAGCAAGGUCUUUUAUCUGAAAAUGAAAGGGGAUUACUACCGCUAUUUGGCAGAAGUUGCUGCUGGAGAGAAGAAGAACAGUGUUGUGGAAGCCUCAGAAGCUGCCUAUAAAGAGGCUUUUGAAAUCAGCAAAGAGCACAUGCAGCCCACUCACCCAAUUAGGCUUGGGCUGGCACUCAAUUUCUCAGUCUUCUACUAUGAAAUCCAGAAUGCUCCUGAGCAGGCCUGCCUUUUAGCCAAACAAGCCUUUGAUGAUGCCAUAGCAGAGCUGGACACACUAAAUGAGGAUUCCUACAAGGACUCCACCCUCAUCAUGCAGUUACUUCGAGAUAACCUCACUCUGUGGACGAGCGACCAGCAAGAUGAAGAAGCAGGAGAGGGCAAUAAUUAAAAAGCUUUCCUCCGAUCCCUCUUUCGUCCACCUCACCAUCCCCAUCAUCACCAAUAUUUCCUUGCCACAGUCACACUAAAUAUCUAGUGCUAAGCAUAUCUGUAUUGUACAGCUCUUCAGAUCUGCUGUCCACUUUAUCAAGAAGCAGUUUCAGAUGAGUCUUCAUGGGCAUUGAUGGAUUGAUUGGUCUAUUGGCCCUAUUUAUCUUAGUUGCACUUGAGCAGUGCAGAAAGAUGCAUAGUAAAUGAGGCGGGUUUAGUUUGGCUUUUGAUUGGAAAAUAUGGGAAAGAA